ACUAAAAAUCAAACUUUUUUUUUUGCUUAUGCUUAAUACUUUGCCUGUCAUGUUACUAUUUCCAAAAUAAUUUACAAGUUUUAAUUUUUAUUGCUUACUAUGUCCAUUAAACUAUUAAAUUUUUUAAAACGUUCUCAACCACUCUGUGUAAUGAAUAAAAGAUUUUUAUCUCUAGAGGCUUGAAAUAUUUCCUAAUGGAAAACAUAAUAUUCAUUUAAGGUAUACCGAGGAAUUCAAUGCUGCUAUUGACAAAUUUUUGGCAAUUACACAGUAACAAAGUGAAACAUUAUAAUUUAUAUAUUAUUCUGAAGACAUAAUUUUAAUCAUAUUAUAAUUGUUAACAAGCCAUGUCUGGAAAAAAUAAAAUACAAAAAUUAAAUUUAAAAGAAAAAAAAUGGUAUUAUAAGGGUGAAGGCAAUGUUAAUUUAGUUUUGUCCAUACCUGAUGAUUGUGUUGUUUUACGAAUCAUAAAAAUACAACAUGAUGAAAUAAACAUACCCAUUAUUGAAGCUGAAAGAGAAUUAUUAUUACAAACAAAUUUUUAUCAAGUUGUUUCAUCUGUGUUUUUCCAUAAUCAAUAUGUAAAUGUUCCAGAGCUAAUGCUGAUUGAAAAUAUUUCUAUUAGGGAAAUAAAUGAAUCUGUCAAACAUUUUAGACCAAAAAAUAGAUUGCAUAAAAUUGCAGGCAGUAAACUAGUUACUGUAUAUCCAGAUUAUACGUUAUUAUUACCUAAAAAUGUAACUGUUGAUAAGAAUUAUAUUGUGGGAUCCAUUUAUUGUGCAGAAAUAAAGCCGAAACAAGGCUGGAUUAAUGAAUUUGAAAGAAUAGGUUCAAAAUGUGUUUAUUGUAUGAAUCAAUAUUUAAAAAUAUCUCAAGGUUCAAUUGAUGCUAUUAGUAGCUAUUGUCCCAUGGAUUUGUUUUCUGGAGAAUUAAUGAGAAUGGAAAAAGCCGUACAGAGUUUAUUGCAAACACCACAAAAUAAUUUAAAACUGUUUAAGGAUGGUGAACCAAUAGCCGUUAAUAAAUUUGGUAGUAUCAUUAACAUUGCUUUUAAAAAUAAUAAUGACUUCUGUACGUUAAUAGUUUCAGCAUUGGUAAAAGAAUUCAAAAAUAAUGUAAAACACAGAUAUACAAUUGUUACACAACCUGAAGAUUUAAAUAAAUUACCAACAACAGAUGUAGAAAAAUCAAUCAACAAUAUAACAUUUUCUGGGAAGUCAUGCAAUUUGAGUUCUAUAAACUUUCUACCACAAAAUUGUGUAUUAAGUUAUAUUUUGUCAAUGCAAAAAUUGCAGUCUACAAGUUUUUCAUCAAUAUAUACAGAAUAUAAACAAAAACUUAAAGAGUUAUCAGAUUAUUAUUAUAUUGAACGCUUGUUAUCUAGCAUUACAACUUGUGAUAAACUUUGUUUGGAUUCAUUUGAAAGCUAUUUGAUUGCAACAACUGCUCGAGACUGUUCAAUAUAUGUGACAUUUUGUAAAGUAAAUCCAUUGAUGGAGGACAAUGAAUAUGUUAUCAAUAUUAAUGACGAAUUCUAUUUGAUCAACGUACAUGUUGGUGACCUAGACCCCAAACCACUUUCAUGCAUUCAAAAACAUUAUAAGAGAAAUGUCAAUGUUUUAAAUGCUUGUUUAAAUUAUUUUAAAUGUAGUUAACACUUAUUAAGAAUAAUUAUAGCAUUUUAUUUUGGUGUUUAAUAUGAAACUAACAAUUUCACUAGUACAAAAAACUGUAAACUAUAUUUGGCUAUAAACAACAACAAUAUUUUCUCAAUUGGUUGUAGGCUCAAAUAUAAUUAGUUUUGAAAUUAUUAGUGUACUUAGUAGUUGUUAGGUGUUUUUGUUAUUAUUAAAAUAUUGUAAUAAUACUCAAUAAAAUUGUUGAUAAAAAAAGUAUA